AACAAAGCUAUCCUGGAGGGAAUCAAACAAAGGUUGGAGCAGCAUAAGGCCAGGUGAGCAGACGAGCUCAACAAUGUCCUCUAAGCAUAUAGAACUACGAGCCGAACUGCCACAGGAGAACCUUGACUUGCUUGACGAAGUCAGAGAGAAAGCACAACUUCGAACUUUGGUGUACAAGCAGAAAUUAGCCAACUUCUACAACAAACGAGUUCGUCCUCGAACAUUCAAAGUUGGUGACCCAGUUUUGAGAAAAGCUAGCUUAACUGGAUUUGAAACUUGUUUUGGUAAACUAGCACUGAACUGGGAAGGCCUUUACACAGUGGCUGAAGUGCCACAUCCUGGUGCCUAUAUCCUUCAAGACGCUGAAGGGAAAAGAGUUCAUAGAAUCUUGAAUGUCAACAACUUGAAGAAAUUUUACCCUUAAUCAACUUCUUUCAACGAACUUGUCUUAUUUCCCUUUAUGAUUAUUACUUUCUCUUUCUGAGAUUAAUUUCAUUCAUUUAAACAAUUCUUCCGAGAUCAAUUUGUAAUUCACUUCACGUCUAAAGUGAUUUCCUUCAUCUCAGUUCUUAUGUUAAUAAAAUCCAAAGCAAAUG